AUGGAUACCUCCAAUGAGGACGACACUAAUGCCUCAACGGUGCUGCGUAGCAUAGCACGUCAGGCGAAGAAGGAAGCUCGGAGAGAGCAGGAUCAGCCACUGGCUGAUAGGGGCUGCACUUUUCAGCAAUUCACCUGGAUGAGUCUGCCGGCUUUUGUAGGAGGUGCGGACCCGAUCAUAACUAAGGACUGGAUUCAGGAGAUGGAAGAACUCCUGAUUGUUCUGCAUUGUACUGACGAGCAGAGGGUACAAUACGCCACGUUCAAGCUGGUGGGGGAAGUAAAGAGGUGGUGGAGGUUGACAAAGCUGGUGGAGGAGCAGCGUCCAGGUUAUUCAUCUAUUAUCUGGAGCCAUUUCAGGGAGUAUGCAGCCAAGUUUGUAAAGUUAACUCGUUUCGCACCACACAUGGUUGCAAAUGAGCCGCUGAAAGCCUGGAUGUUUGAGAGAGGACUGAGACAGGGGAUACGCACUCAGGUGGUGGCAUUGUUGACUCAGAGUUUCUUUGAGCUGGUGGACAAGGCCAUGGCAGUUGAGGCCAAUAUACAGGAAAGUGAGGCAGGAACAAAUCAAAAGAAGAGGUGUGGAAAACAUGGCCACAUAGCUCGUGAUUAUCGUGCUCCACCGAGCAAUGCACCCUUUCCUGAUCAGAAUAAGAGGAAGAACCCGGUACCUCACGGCGGCGGUGGCCCGAUGCAUGUCUAUAUGCUUACCCCGACUGAGGGGAAUGUUACUAGAGGUGCAAGUAAUAUGUUUACGUUUGGAUAA